AUGAAGAACGCAUUCUUAGUGAAAGGGAACGUGAGAUUGAAAAAAGAAAACAAAAUUUCUCCACUCAAUGCUAAAUCAGUAGCUAAUUCUGUGAACGAAGAGCGUAAUUCUCUUUCUGAUUCAAUCGCUCACGCAAUCCUUACACAAGACCUGUCACAUAUCAGCUUGCAACAACAAAUGUCUGAUAUUAACACUACAUUUGUAAUUAAUCCACCUGUACCUCAUUCGGUAGCUUCUAAUUCGACUAUUUCUGUCUCUACAAACUCUUCUAAACGAAGUCCGAUCAUUCAAGAGCCCGAACAACCACUUCAGCAACAACAAUUGAUGAGAUCCAAUUUACUUCCAGACCAAUCACCCUCCUUGUUAAAAUCUGUUCCUACAGAAGAAACAUGGUCUGAAAUUGGCUCUAUUAUUUCUGAGAAUAUUGGAAGUAUUAUGUCAUCUGCUGUAGAUAUUGACAUGGAAAAUAUAGAGCAUUAA